CGUUUUUUUUUAUGAUAAAGAAUGUCAAUGAAUUAUUUAUAUUUAUUAGACAUCUCAUUCUGUUGCUGUAUUUUUGCGAAAAACAAUGGUAUUGAGAUAACACACAGGCAAUAGCUCUCUAAAAACAAUGGAUAACAACUGGUCAAUUGAAACCAUACAAGAAACGGCUGCAAAUAGUUGGUCGCUGGAAGGUGAUAAUCAGCUACUAAAUUUGAUGAAAUCCAUUUCGAAGAAUUUAGAACAAAGAUGUAUGACGUCAAACAACAACUUGAAUCGGUUGAUGUUGGAUGUUGAUAAGACUAAAAUCAAACUUGGUAAUGCGACAACAAAGCUCCUGGAUUUGAAUAAUGGCAAAUUUGUUGAGCAUACUGUCAUGGACAUGGAUUCAUCCGUGUCAAAUACAGAAAAAUGUACGCCAGCUGAAAAUGACAAGGUGCAGGCAUUUGUUCCAAUACCAAAAGCUGUUGAAGAGGCAGUUACGAAUGGCCUGAAUAUGAUGGAUCGUUGUUACGAGAAAGUUUUGCUGAAUUUAGAAGAUAGUGAGGAUGAGGACGAAAACGAUAACGGGCAAAAGCAUGUUGUAUGCCGUCCAAAAAAUCCGUACCUAAAUCGCCCACUACCACAUUUAAUUGGAUCAAAGCAGUGGAAUGAUAAGUGGCAUGUCGGCCUGAUUGAAUCAGACGAAGAGGUGCUGAGCGACGAGGAACCAGAAGAGCCCGAAUUCUCUCAAUCUUCAUCUGAUGAGGGAGAUUCAUUGUCUAAUUCGCCACAGACAAGCAAUCCACCAACUACCUCUGAAUCAGAUUUCGCUGUGUCAGUACCAGCAGUUAUUCAUCCCGAAGAUUUGUUUCAUCGAUUGGCUGAUGACGAUGAUGCUGAAACGAAAUCACCACUCUUUCCACCUGAAGAUAACAAACAUCGAGAAAAGAUCAAAGUUCUACCGACCGUUAAGCCAUCGAUUCAGGGCGAUGCUAAAAUUGAGCCAGUGAACAAAACGAAACAGUUAACCGAACCGCCAGUGCCUGCAUUAGAACAACCGAAACAAUCGAUUUUCGUUCAGCAAAAACCCGAACCGAAAUUUCUCAAUCUGUUCGAUGACGAGCCGCCCAGUUUGGAAGAACCAAUUCGUCGUGAACGGAAGCCGGUCAAUUUGUUUUUGGAUUCGGACGAUGAGAACGAUGAACCGACUACCGAUACCCGAAAGCCGUCAAGUAUUUUCAAUAAUAACGUUGCCACGAGUCAACCUACACUUCCGUUUUCAAUUCCACAAAGUCCCAAAGUGGACAAGAAAAAAAUUGAAUUCAACAGGGAUGUCGAUAAUAACAACGUCGCAGCUGUUGCAAAGAGUGAGAUUAAACCAACAUUGAAAUCCAAUGAUUUUGGUGGCCUUUUUGAUGACGAACCGCCGGAUGACUUUUUCGAUAUUAUCGUUAGAGAACAGGGCAAAAAUGUCGACAUCAGGAAUCCGGAGAAGCCAAAACUGCAAAGCAAAACCGUCAACUUAUUUGAUAGUGAUGACGAUGACGACGAUUUUAGCAAAAUUAUUGGAACGACAACGAAAAAGGAUUCAACAGUACCGCCAGUCAGUACUAAGGAAAGUGCUCCAGUGGUCAAACAAAGCGACAUAUCUUAUUCACCGUUCAAUUCACCGUUCAGAUCUUUGAAAAACAACGAUCCACCUAAAUCGUAUGUGUCUUUCCUGGAUGAUGAGUCACCCAGCAUAGAUGAUGAUAAAAACGACACAGCUCCGUCACAUCAACCAUCAUCCCGAACAAGUUUAUUCGAUGACACUCCACCUGAUGAUAUAUCCGUUCCAGUAGUUCCUUCGCAUCAACCAUCAUCCCGGGCAAGUUUAUUUGAUGACACUCCACCGGAUGAUAUAUUCGUGCCAGUCGUCCCGUCAAAGCAAAAAUCUCCAACGAAAAUUAUCUACGAUGACAUUGCCUCAACUCUACGUGAAACAUCAUCCGCAAAGGCAAACAUUUCCAACGAUAGCUUGAAAAGUCAUACACCCGAUGAUGCAAGCGUCAAAGCUCCACCGGUUGUAUUGCCACGAAAACCUGAGUUGAAAACGAUUCCCAGCAAAGUGGUUGACAAAUCAAAGUCAACCGUGACCGAUAAAAUUCCAGUUUUAAGCCCAGAACCGAAAUCGGAUGUUGGUACCCGCGAUGAAACCGAUCAGUCACUGUCAUUUAGAAAGAACUUGAGUAUGUUCGCGAAUCCAGUAGCGACUACACUCCUGAAUGUCGACAAAGAAUCCAAACCAAAGCCAAAUAAACUCAAAACAAAUUUCAACAUCAAUGUUGCAGCCUUAUUGCCGGGAGCAAAAUUACCCUCUCAAAAACAAUCGACAACUGAGAAGUCGGAUCGAACCGUUGAACCUGAUCCUGAACCAGAGAAAACUGAGGACGUGGUCAACAGAGAUAAGCUCAGUUCGGUUAGCAAUGUGAAGCAAAGCAGCUCGACCGAAGAUACAUCCGGUAGGCUUACUUGUUUGAGCAAAGAUCGCGCUAAAAUUCAAGUUCAACGAAAACCAUCUACGAGAAUGGGACGACAGAAGUUGUACAAUAAAACGCUGACCAGUGAAAACGACAGCGUAGUUCCGUCGGUGGAAACAACCGAUUCUGUCAGACCCGAAGUGGAAACCGUCGAGCGAGACAUCGAAGCAUUUAGACCCGAAGUGAAAACCGUCGAGCAAGACAUUGAAGCAUUUAGACCCGAAGUGAAAACCGUCGAGCAAGACAUUGACGUUAUUAGACCCGAAAUGAAAACCGAGCAAGACAUCGACGCUGCUAAAUCCGAAAUAAAACCAAUCGAAGCAGCGACUUCAGAAAAUGUUCUAGAAUCAGCUGUCCAAGAUACCGAUUCGUUGAGUGAAGUAUUAAAGUAUGAUCAACCGCCUUCAUUGCAAUCCAACGAUUUUAAUUCAAACAUUGUUGCUGACGAUGACGAAGAAGAUUGGCUCAAAAACAUCGAUGAGAAACCUCCGUCUCCGAGCAAAACUAAUUUUUAUGACGAUGACUGGCUGUCGACGAAACCAGUGAAUGAAGAACGAAAACCAUCCACACAAAAUAUAUCUCACGUUAUGAACUAUGAUUGGUUAACCGCGAGCAGUCUACCACCUGAAGACAUAGAUCCGCCAUCGAAUUAUUCAGUUGAUGAUGACCACGAACAAGACGAUUGGCUGUCGUCUUAUAUGACCAAAGAGAGAUGUUCAGUUGUCGCAGAUCUACCGAACGAUGACGAUGAUUGGUUGAUUGCAGCCGAAAGGCAGGAUACGUCACGUGGAACUGUUUCAACAGUAACUGGUGCGAAAAGAAAAGACGAAGAAGAAGUUGAAAAAGAUUGGCUUGUACAAGCCACUUUAGAGCAAGAAAAAAAAGUUACCGAAACGGCGGACGACGCCGACGAUGAUUGGCUCACUAAGUCAUUAGUUCCACCGAAAGAGUCUACAAUUGUGACAGACAAGGUGCCAGUAUCAGAUACAAUGAACAAACUUUCAGAUGCCAGAUCGGAAACAUUCGAGUCAAAUGUCGGCACAAGCCAAACGCUUAAGUCGGGGCUUUUCGACAGUGAUGAUGAACUGACCCGAUCAAAGUCAGAUGUAGGAAAGACAGGCUCCAAUAUUUUUGAGUCAAAGAUUGAGACGAAAAAUUUUCUCAGUUCAACAAUUUUCGAUGAUGAUGAUGAAGAUGUUACUGCAGUGCCUUCUUAUUUAGAGCCUAAGCCGGACGUUUCGAAACCGAAUCAACCCAAAGUCGAUUUUGCAAGUGAAAGUUCUGAUGCUUUCAAAUCAAAAACUGAUGCGAAAAAAUCGCUCAACUCGACGCUUUUUGAUGACGACGACGAUGACGAUGAUCUGUUCGCUUCGAUCAAACAGAAGAAGUCAUCAGCGAAACAACCAACAACCGAAGCUGUGAAAACAACGAAAAACGCUAGUAUUAAGACUACUGCAAAGAGUCUCUUCAGUGAUGAUGAUAACAGUGAUCCGGACGAUUUGUUCGGCCCAACAACAAAAAAGCAGAAGGGUAAAAUUGAAGCUGGUCACAAGGCGAAAAUGGAUAAACCGAAGCAAGCGAGCCUGUUCGACGAUGAGGAUGACGAUGACGAAGAUAUUUUUGCUCCGAAAAGUCAGAAACAGCAACGAGUUGCUCCGACCGAUACGAAGAAGAAACCUUCCAUUACUAAGUCAGUGACUACCAUUCCAGCAUCAAGUGAUCCGUUGGCGGAUUUAUUGAAAUAACGGUGAUAUACAAUGCAUGCAUUCAUAUUUCUUAUUAUUAUUUUUAUUGAAAUUUAUUGUCCAUUUUGUGGACGCUUAUCAGCAAAGUUACAAAAAAAAAAAAUACAAAAAAUUUAUUUAUGA